UAGCAUAAAUCCAUCCUUUCCUUUUGCUAACGUUGCUACAUGCGCUCGUAUAUGCAUAUUCAUUCGACGUCAAACCGAACGUUCGCGAGCCAGCAUAUAAAGGCGGGUUGGCUGUGUUUUGGGGUAGGCUUGAAUUUAAACCACCACCAUUGGGGAUGGGAAAAUCCCCCAUCGUCGUUUGGGUGGGGAAACAACAAACUGAAGGUCUGUCUGCGGGUCUCAUUUCGCUCAUCAUCCGCCCUCAGUGACGUGGCCGUUAUUGAUUGUGUUGAAUAAUUUAUGGCGCACGAUCGAACGCUCCUGAAUGGGGGCGCUCUUCGUUUGUUUCGGGGUUUCAUCGCAGUUAUAAGGCGUUAGCAGGGGUGGGCAUUUUUGAAAGAAGAAAAAAAACGCCUUAAAACCACCCACCCACCAGCUCGAAGGUUCGCUUGGCUCAUCCAUCGCAGGUAAUUAAUGCGUGUUCCUAUUCCAGAACCAAACAUUGGACGGGCUUUCUGCUGCGUUUUAUUUUUGUGGAGCGAGAGCAAACACCCCGCUAAGCCAAUGGUACAGUACAGUGGAUUUGGUUGGUGAAAGAGGCACUUGGAGAGAAAAAAAAAAGAGGAAAAGAAAAAGCGAUCAGUGGUAUCGGUGUGCCAAGUGGCGUGAAUAAAAAAAAGCAAGCAAGCAAGCCAAACGAGGCAAAAUAAGUGCGGUUGUGAGUGCGGGAAAAGCAUUGUUAGAACAACCGCCCGGUGAUUCUGCGGCAGUGUGAGUGCAACUGUGUCCGGUGCUGGUGCCUAGGUCACGGUAUAAGACACCCAGUUCCGGUUCCCAGCUCCCGAAGGCUAGCCAGGAAGUGAUUAUAUCCCCGACUCGACUGGACGGGCGUGGCAUCCUGACGUUAGGUGCGUUAGGGAUCGUCUUCACUACGCUCAAGCUCUGAUCCUUCUGGGACACACCUGCUGGGUGGUGGUACGGUUGGCCAAAUGGAGUGCUAAUCGGCUCUAUCACACCGAUCAGGGUAAUGAGCGCCGUGGUUCCAAGCCAGCUAUUGAUUCAGAUACAACCCACAACCGACUCACUGGAAUGAUCAAACGAUUAGCUCAGGUCAAUGAACUCCGCAUGCUGUCACCGCAUUUGCAUUCGUUGGGCACUAGCCAAUUGCUAUGGCAAGCAGAGUACCGGUUGCUGGCGAAAUGUCUCCCACGGUUCACGCAGAAGCGGCCAUCGAACCAACAGUAACCGGCACAAGCGUACAUUCUGUGGCCCAAGCAUCUGAAGCGGUGUCCGCAAGCGAUCGUAAAGACCUCGCCCGGCUAGGAUCACCGCAGGACGACUCACCAAACGCCACCGGGAACGGAAGAGACCAUGGGAGUGACGGAGGCGAUGGGAGCAACAACAGCAACAACAACAGUUCGAGUAUGAAAUGCCUCAACUUCGCCAUCUCACCCUCAUCCGGCGCACACGAUUCCCAUGGUUGCGAGGAUCCCACGAGGACGAGAUCGACGACGACGACGACGACAGCGACGAGUACGCUGGAGGAUGCGCCGGUGCAUUCAUUAGAUAGCGCAAAGAGUAAUCAAUUCGUGAACCAUAGCUUUAGCUGCUGCAGGGAGAUGGGCACAAGCGGGUCCGUGGCCGCCGGUGACGAAACCGGCAAGGAGCUGACACGAGGCUUCGCUGACGUGGUCCGCGUGUCGACCAGCGUCCCGCAGCCAGUGAUCAUCCGUACCGAGCCGGAAACGAUCGACGACGGCGCCACAGGUACUAGUUUCCGGUCCGCGACGGCAGCAGCCGUGGCGGCUGUAGCGAUGACGGCGGCGGCCGCGGCGGCUGCGGCCGUCUCCCCCAGCAGUAGAGUCUCCCGUUGUAACCCUGCGUCAGGUGACGGUUCCCAGCUAACCGACGAGGACACCAUUACUAACCCUACCUUCGCGACUAACCCAGACGGUGCCGCCACCCCACGGGUAUCCUGCGAGCCGCCGGGCUCGAGCAUUGACCACCACCACCACCACCAACCCUGUGAUAUAAACCACCAACACCACCAUUACCAUCACUACCAUCUUCACCAUAAUCCAGCGCCCGGCGCCGUCAUGCCUUCCGUGUCCACUAACGUGCCGCUCGAUGCCACUAACGUCCCAUCAUCCGCCAGCAACCAAUACCAUCCCAUCGUAACCACUACGGCCACUAGCACGGUUUCGGGAAGACCGCCCAGUAAGCCGCCUCUGCACAGCUACCAGCAGCACUACCACAGCUACCACCACCACGGACAACAGCAGCAACAGCAGCAGCCUCAGCAGCAACCAACCGUCGAGGCGGUACGGGGAGUAAUCCCGGUGUUGCCGUCCGGUGGUGGCACAGUGCCGAUGGUAGCAGGAGGCGGAACGUACCGGGCGCACAGUGCCCGCUUCAUGACGCGUCACAUUAAAAUACUUCCCAAAACUCAAUCCCUCGAUUUGGCAGAUAACGACGACAUGCUGGAGGCGUCCAAUCGCUCCGAAUCGCAGCUCGAAAUCAGUGCGGCCGGAAUCGUACCACCCGGAUUACGGGGUCGAGUGUUACCGAAGCUGCAGACGCUCGAUCAGACGACGCGUCCGAUCUACCCGAAUGUCCCGUACAGUCCGUACAACAGCCCGUACGGAAGUCCGCGUAGUGGUCGUCGGCGAACGCCAUUGCGUGAAUCCAGGCGCGUUUCGAUCGAGCAGUCGGGCAGUUUCCUGCAGCUCAAUCAGUACAAACUGCUGGACCAGAUCGGGCAGGGCUCGUACGGUUUGGUGAAGCUGGCGUACUCCGAAGAAGACUCCACACACUACGCCAUGAAGAUCCUGUCGAAACGGAAGCUCCUCCGCAAGGCGGGUUUGAUGCGCCGGGGACCAAAACGAGGAACGUCCCCACUUGACCGGGUCUACCGCGAGAUUGCUGUGCUGAAGAAGCUGGACCACCCGAACGUGGUGAAGCUGGUGGAGGUCCUCGACGAUCCGCUCGAGGACUCGCUAUAUCUAGUCUUCGAGCUGGUGCAACAGGGCGAGGUGCUGAGCAUCCCGACGGACACGCCCCUGGGCGAGGAACGUGCCUGGAAUGUUUUCCGCGACGUGCUGCUGGGAGUCGAAUAUCUGCACUACCAGCGUAUCAUCCACGGGGAUCUGAAACCGGCCAAUCUGCUGCUGUCCGACGUGGGCAGCGUGAAGGUAGCCGAUCUGGGUGUCUGCAACGAGUUUCUCGGCGAAGACGCCGCCAUGAAUAAUGGUUCGACCGCGGGGACACCGGCGUUUCGAGCUCCCGAGACCCUGCUGCCAGGGCAGCACUUCUACAACGGCAAAGCGGCCGAUAUCUGGGCCCUUGGGGCCACACUGUUCUCGCUGGUACACGGCAACGUGCCCUUUAUCGCCACCUCCGUGCCGGGCGUGUACGAGAAGAUCAAAAACGACCCACUUGAGUACCCGGCUACCAGCGACAUCAGCGAGGAACUGCGCGACCUGAUCGGCCGCAUGCUCGACAAGGAUCCGCAGCAACGGAUAACGCUGCCGCAGAUCAAGGAACACCCGUGGCUCACCCGGCAUGGUUCCGUACGGUUGCCGACGGAGGAGGAAAAUUGCCGACUGCCGGUGCAGAUCAACGACGAGGACAUGUGCAGCGUGGUCAAGAGCAUCCCGAAGCUGGACACGCUGAUACUCAUCAAGACGAUGCUGAAGAAGCACUCCUUCCAGAAUCCCUUCACGAAGGGCAUCUCCGGUAGGGCACCGCAGGCGGGCGGAUCCAGACUGGAGCGGUUCUGUCGAUCAGGCCGUUCGAACUCCGCCCCAGGCGAUUAUCACACCUCCGAACGGCAACCGUCGAACGAAUCGCUACUUCCGUCUGUUACCGAAGGCGUCACCAGUCCGCUGGGUAGUCCACCGGAUCACACCGGUACCGGGAGCAUCCUUUCUGAGAUGGACAGCCUUACGCUUCGAUCGGACCAGUCCAAUCCAUCCUCCAGCAUCGACACCGACACCACCACUACGGUAAAAAUUAUCACGACACCGCCAGAGUAGCUGUUCGGCGUAGACAAAGUAGACACCGCGCUUCGUAGGCUGGCCGUUGCUGGCCGGCCAUUCGCUUGCCAGUAGUACUCUAGAGCGCUAUUCCGUACGGAUUGUGCGGCGUAUUUGCCUAUUUUUGCCACCGCAAGCGCGACCCGCGGCGGU